UUUCCUGCAGUCUUUAAUACAAAUCGCAAUGAAGCACAAGUCGUGUGGAGUUUUAUUAAAUUUAAAAUUUGGUUAAAAUUCAAUUAAAUUAAUUCAAAAGAAAAAAAUAAAUUCCUUUAAAAAUUUUUUUAAUAUUAUUGUUAUCCCUGUUAUUUUCGGUGCAAAAAAAAAAAUUCCUUUCGUCCUGUUAAUAUCUUUAAUUGCGAAGAACUAAAAGAAAAUGUAUUAUAAAAAAUCGAAAACUUUUAUAAGACUAGAGACGCGUAAAUGUAAAAGAGUGUGUUUUAAAAAGCGAAAUUUAUUGAUAAGAAAAUUGACAAUUUAUAAAAAUUAUUGCAGUUUAUUGAAUGUGUGUUUUCUGAUUAUGUCUUUUGUUAUUGUUCAGGCCUCAGCAAUAACAAUUUAUCAGAACAGAACAACAACAGCAACGGCAGACACUACAGCCCAUGAUCAAACGGUAGACAGUAGCAAUAAUUUGUCACAAUUUCAAGCGACAACAAGUGAUUUUAUAACAACACCAACUAAUUCAAAACACUUAAGUAUUAAUUACGAUCCACAAUUAAAUAAAGAGAAUCUAACGAUAACAAAUCAUAUAAUACGUACAAAUAUAAUUGUGGGAACUGAAAGUGGUGUAGGAGGUGUUGGAGUUGAAUCAGCAGCUAGUGAUUUUAAAGAAAAUUUUAGUGAAAAAGCAAAAACAACAGAUAAUAUGCGUGCAAAAUUGCAACAACUAUUACAGCGUGAAAAUGAUAAUAAUGAUGAAGAGAAACAACAACUGCAACAAGAUCUACAACAGCAAAUGCAAGAACAACAACAACAACUUCAACAGCAGCACAACCAACAGCAACAACAACAGCAAUAUCAACAGUCUCAGCAUGCAAUAUUAGCAGGAGAAAAUGCCUAUUUACUAGAGCGUAUAGAUGGUAGUAUGCAUGAACAACCCAUAUAUGGAACAUGGAGAGCGAAAGCGAGACGACCUCAAGCACCUCUAUUGGCAGCCACAGCAACAACAACUACGACAACAACGGCGGCAGCAACUGCUCACCUACAACCAUCUUCGUCGAUACAGACAUUAAUGACAGAAAUUGAUGAAAAUCUUUAUGGUCGUUUUAAUCAGCAACAACAACAUCAGCAGCAACAGCAACAUCAUCAUUAUGAACGUUUACCCAAACGAUCUUCGACCAUGACACCAGUAAGACGUGAGUUACAUGAUCAAAUUCCCAGACCACCACGUUUAACAUCACGUCAACCUUCAGUGGCCCUGAGACGGCAAUUUAGUGAUAUUCCUUUCACGAAUGGUAUGAUUCGAGAUGAAUCACGCCCCAAGCCUUUUCAUUAUCCCUUCGAAGGACCUUUGCCAGAGGAAUUUAAGAAAAUACAACAAUCAGAAAGAGGUUUAUCAGCAGAUACAGAUCCUCAAGUUCAUAAUAUUCAGGAUAUAUUGCAGAAAUUAAAUUUAGGUUCAGGUGGCAAUAAGGUCCCACCCCUAAUGAUGAUGCCUUCGGGUUUGCAUAUUUCUGGUUCCUUUAAGAAUCUUAAGUCCAGUGGUAUUGGAAACUUUUUCCGUGGUAAACGCAAUAAGAAGCAAAUACAAAUGCAAUUUCCCAUGCAUAUGCCCAUACAAAUGCUACCAAAUCCCUAUCAGAGUCCAGUAGUAAAUCUAAUGCAGCAACCCUAUCAACAGCGCAUAGCCAUGGAACAGUUUUAUCCCUUUAAGGCUCGCUCACCGGGAGAAAUUAAUCUCUUGGCUAUGCAACAGCAGCAGCAAUUACAACAACAGAAAUUUAAAAAUCCCCAAACCAAAGGUAAAAAACAAAAGAAGAAGUCAAAAGAUAAGAAAAAUACUUUAGCCAGCAGUAACUUAAUGUUGCAGCAAUAUCCCUUUGCCACCGCUGCCCCAGAGCUGCUGUACCCCUCAAUGUACUCUCCCUUCAUGUCUAUUAAUGUGACACAAGCUCCUCCUUUGCAGAUGAGCAAAAGAGUACCUUUCAAAGUUAAUUUGGAUAUAUUUCCAGUAAUGCCACCUUCCAAAACAUUCAAGUCCCCUGCCGGUUAUGCCAUGGAUGAGGCUCGCAUUGUAUCCACCAUGCGCCCACCGACGGCAUUAAGAAAUCCUUUUAUGGAAUAUCUUACCACACCUCUUACUCCCUCAGCUGCAGCAGCUUUAAGUUUCUAUAAUCCUUACAAUCCCAAACAGCCGGUGUACAAUCCUGUACGUUUUCCUACAGGAGCCCAGAAUCCAGUGGUCAACAUGGCUCAAACUAAUAGCAUGCAAAUGGUGUAUCCCGACCAAAUGCAUAAAUAUCUACAGCAACAGCAGCAGCAACAACAACAACAAAAUCUUUUCUCCAACUACCUUAAUAAUCAAGGUCAUCAAACUCCCUUCCUGCCCAUAGAUUGUGAUCAACCUAUACCAUCAGCAUCUAGUGGACAAACAGGAACGGGUAAUACAAAUAACAAUCCCAUUAUGGUGCAUUUAAAUGUAUUUCCCAAACAAAAGAAUACACCACCCAUAUCCACAAAUCCCUUCUAUAAUAAUGGUCCCCAUAUACAACGUAAUACCAUACAAGAGGAAAGUGAAACUUCACUAAGUCCCAUAGAACCUCGACAUCAGGGUAGAUCACUUAAUGACACUGUCUCUACUAAAAUCGAACGUAGCGAUAGCAGUGACAAUUUUCAACAAAUUCAACCUAUACGUGCCGAAGAUGAUCUUGUAGAUUUUGAACAUCCCAUUGUAGCGGAAAGUUCCGAUGAUAAUAAUGAAUUACCACAACCGGCCGCCUUAGUAGGUGGCAAACCAAAUAUGGCUACAGAAUCCUCUUCGUCUUCGUUUUACUAUGAAAGUCGCCCGAAUACUACAAUGUCUUCGGCUGGCGAUAAUAGUAAUACAAAUUAUAAUGGUAAUAUCAAUGGAAAUAUGGAACAAAUGGUAUCGGAGGCUAGAACAGCUUCACUAUUUCGUUUUCCUGUCGAAGAUCUUAUACAGUUUCAGGUACAUGAUGCUAUGUAGAGAAUAUCGGGGGGUGUGAGAGAAAGAUAUGGGUGGCAAUUGAGAGUUUGUAGUAUAGUGAGAAGUUUGGGUAUUUUAGUGUUAGGAAAUCAUUGUAAAUUCUAAUGUUCAGUAGAAAUUAGCUAAUAUAUGAGUGGAGACGAGUUAGUUUAGAUCCCAGAUGCUCUGAACUCGAAUAAAAACUCAGAUAUUCUCUGGGACUUAAGUGAAACUUUAUUCACUAUGUUAUAUUAAGAAGAUCUAUAUUCAGAGAUCCUGAACCAAAUAUUUGUGUGACUUGUUUUGUACAUAAAGAAAUUUUCUUUAUAAUCCGAAUGAAAAGUAUAAACCAGAUAUUGAAAUAGAGGGGGAUUGAGAGAGUGCUAAAGGGAGAGAGGGGAAUUUGCAGUUCAUCUUUUUAGGUCGUUUUGUAUGUGUUUUACCCCUUUAGAAACAAGAACACUGAUAGCUAAUUUGAGUUUUAGGCCGACUACUGAUUAAAACCUGCCUAUUUAUGAUCCUGACACUAUAUAAAUAUAUAUAAAAAGAUAUUUUAUUUAUUAUUUUUGUUAACAUAUACUAGUAUUGAUUAAAUUAUUUUUUAGAUUAUAAGUUUUAUUGAGCAACAAACCAAAAAAAAAUAUAUAAAUCUAAUUGUUAUAUAAGUUACUACUUAAAAACCAUAAUCCGACAAGAUCACAUAAGUCAAAAUUUAAUUCUUAUAAGAAAAGAAACCUGAAAUUUUAUAAGAAUCUAUAUGUAAAAUAUUAAAGGAUCUUUAAGCAAAUGAAUUAUUAAUCUUUAUUUAUAAACUAUUAUUAUAUUAAUAUUUGUUUGUUUGAAGAGAUUCAAAAAGGAAGCACUUUAUAAUUCAUGUUUAUUUUAGGAUUAAAAAUCUAUAAAAGUUUAAAAUAAAUGAAAUGUUUGGAAUAUAUCUGAAA